AAAUGCGAUUCCCUUGUCAUUACAAUUACCUUGGAAUUAUCUAUUUCUAUAAUUAUUGUUUUCAAUUGCUUUAGAAUAACCAUGUGAAUUCUAGGUUUUGAUGACUAAAAUUGUUGUCUAGGAUUGUGAGUUUCGACUGAUGUUAAAGGAGUUGGUGUGUGCCUUAUUACUCGUAUGCAUUUAGCUGUGUGUUGACAGUGCCCUAGAAAUGUAUAAUUUUUAGUUUUUCGAGUUCCAGCUAGCAAUAUAUGGUAACUUUUGCUCAGAUCGUUUGAGAUAAUUGUCCAACUGCAGGAAUGUACAUGCUAUGGCAUGGUGUUCAAAUGGUCUAUUGUUAUGGAAUGCAUAAUAUAGCUACCUUACCGAAGAAAGAAAGCCCUGUAUCUAUGAACUGGUGUUGUGAUUAUUCUAUUCACUGCAAAAUUUCUUUUGCAUCUCCUGAAGUUGAUUGAUAAACUUGGGAUAUCAAUUAAUUUAUUGUUUGAUUCGUUUUCUAAUUGUUUGUGGACAGUGUUGCUUCUUCCUCUUCUAUAACCUUAUUUUAUUUCUCAAGGAGCGUGGUGUUCUAUCGAUGCAUCAGAAUAAUCAUUAUCCAGUUAGCAACUGCAAUAUUUUUGCUUGUUAUCAGUUUCAUCCCCGAAACUAAUUCUUGUUGAUAUGUAUAUAGUAGGAUUCAAGAAUGGGUGAUGUGUCGAGCGGAAAACAUAAAAGAAAAGGCGAAGAUAAUUAUUCCAAGACUACCAACAAGAAGUGGACACCAGAAGAGGAUAUGGCCCUGAUUGCAUCACUUUCCGAGUUAUGCAAUUCCGGAUGGAAAAGGAAAAAUGGAAUCUUUAAGAAUGGAUACACAGCUGCACUGGAGAGGAAACUGAAAUUGAAGCUUCCGGGCUGCAAUAUUAAGGCCAGCCCACACAUCGAGUCUAGGCUGAAAUUGCUUAGGAGGCAGUAUGAAGCCAUAAGAGAAAUGCAAGGUGCAGAUGGCAUUCAAUGGGUCGAGCAGGACAGCAUGGUUCUAUGCAAGGAUGACAACGUAUGGGAGAAUUGGAUCCAGGCUCAUACUGAUGCAAGGGGGCUAAGGAAUAAGCAGUUCCCUUACUACAAUGAUCUACAUCUUUUAUUUGGAAAACGGGGCACAAGGGACGGCAUUAAUGACGAAGCUGAUGGUGAUAAAAUAUUUAAUGACGAUGACAGCAAUGUUGUUAUGAACCCGUUGAUGGUGGACCAGAGUUUGGAAGAAGAUGACCUACAAAACUAUGACUUGAAUGCGAUGGUCAAUAACAAUGGUACUGCUGUUAAGGGUGCUGAUAGCUUGAUCAAAGACUAUAAAAAGAGAAGAAGGCAGAUAGAUGUGAUACGAAAUGUGUCAAACUGCAAUCAUUUGCCUCAUCCAGGGGAAGAAAGUCAUCCAUCAGAGGAUUCAAAUUCAACCAGGACUAACAAUAACAAUAUUAAUAAUAAUACAUUAAAUGAGGAGAAUCUUUCGGCAGAUGACAUUAUUAGGGCUCAAAUCCAAACUCGUGGUUCAACUAUUAGAGCCUCUGACAAGAAGAAUUGUAAACAUGACGGUGGAUCAUCCGAACUGGACUCGCUGGCGAAGAUAUUUGGUACGUUUCUUGAAAAAUAUGACAAGCAUCUUUCUUUACUGGGACAAAUAGUUGGCAGGGAAAGGGCUGCAGAAAAGAUAGCCGCCGAGAAAAGAGUCAAGCUAAAUGGGGAACUGAAAAAAUUGCCUAACCUUAACUUGCAAGCCAGACUACGGGCAGCGUCUUUGAUGGUGAAUGAUUCUGCUAGACUCGACCUCUUUUACAGUCUUUCGGAAGAGGAGAAAAAUGAAUGGGUAUCGAUGUUGCUCAAUGGACAAAUAUGAGGAGGUCUAUAUCUGUUGUUUUCUUCUGAGGUAGCUGAUAAAGCAUUGAGGUGAAACAUAUUCGAUAUGCAUUUAUGUUUUAAAGAGCCUCAAAUUCCUUGAAUCGUUUGAGAUGGGCGGUGCUUGUCCACAGCAAUAAAAGACCCUUAGUGGGCCACAUAUCAAAAUUUGAAACCAUGAAAAAUGCUGCCUGUGUAUGUUCUGUCAAUGUCAUUCUGAAGUUUGCCGUGGCCCCAAUUGACAUUUCUGAUCUUACAGACAAGGUCUCAUUCUGGUUGUUCAAAGCCCUCAUAUUUGAUGGUAAUAUGAUCUUCAUGCCCAGUCUUGAAAUCAUCGUAACAUCGAUAAAUAUGUGCACCAUUGUGGUGCUGCUUUAUGGGCCAUGUCUCCAAGUCCGGGCCCGACUACUGUUGCAGUGGUUGAACUGGCCGUUAUGGUUAGUGUAUAUCUCAGGCCUUGUGUGCAUGCUUGGCUUGGGCCUGAAAACGUGGUGUUGCACUGGUAAUCAUGCAUGCUGA